UUCGCAAAGCUCUGGCAGUGCCUGGCGGCAACCAACUACCGGACUCCGUUUACUGCUUCCUUCCGACUGGAAGUUACAGAUCUCAGUUCACAUAACGUAUUCAUUGAUUCAGGGAAGAUAAGAAAUCGCAGCUAAUUGUAGAGAACAGUGAAGCACCACUGCACCGGUAAUCCAGCUCCCUUUUUCCUUCCGUGUCUCUUAAUUGUAUAUUUGCUUCUGAUUUUGAACCUCUGGAGCUUAGAAGCAGAGUCUUUCUCCUUGCCAUCGCGAAUAAUUCUUCGAGAUAUUAGUAGCAACGGCAACUGCGGUGAGCAGCAGGACUACGCCGAGUCGAAUUAAAGGCCACGAAUUUCGAUGCUGUUCACAGUUGAAUUCUUCGCUCACUGACUGUAAAAGACCCGUCAUUGGAUGGAGGAGCCUCUUAAUUCAAUGAACAAUGGUGAGUAUUUAGCAGUCCAGUGCACAGGGAUAAACUCAGCCUCCCACAGUAGGAAUCCAGAUUACAGGCCCUGUACUACACAGACUGUCCUGCUUAAGUGCCCCUAAUUUUCAUCUGCUUUUAUAUGCUGCAUACAUCUUUUGAUCAGUUCCCUUGUAUUUAUGAAAUUUUGUUCAAGUUAUGAUGAAGAGAAUUGAGUGUCUCUAAAAAACAAUUUUGCAAGGCCACAUCAUUGUUUAGUUCCAAUAAAAUAGGCUUCAUCCUUGUUGAUUAUGUUUUACUUGUCUGAGUUGUCUCGAGUUAACAUUAGUUCUUUUUUUCUGGUUUAUAAAUGUUGAUCUCAUAG